AUGUUUUACGAAGAUCAUCAUUGCACGAAGGAGGACGAGACGUUGUACCAACAUCUAAAGGAUACAAUCGAUGGCGUUGACAUCUUUGAGAACGCUCAGAUCCCAAGCAUCAAAGACUACGACAACGAGACCUCUAAGCUCAUUAUAUUCGAUGAUUUAGUGCUUGAGGGUCGCAAGGUUCAAGCUCAGAUCGGCGAUUUCUACAUUCGAGGCCGUAAAGCGGGGUUUAGCAUGUGUUAUCUAUCUCAGGAAUCUCACUAA